GACAAUAUUGACCACAGUUGUUGUACAUGGAGCACAUUCAAUUUGUGUUGAGUGCCAGACAAUACAAAGCCUGGGGUUGUCCUAAAUUUGCCCGUUUACAAGAAGCCCUUACGGUAAAUGCUUCUGUGCUUUUGUUUUAUUUUCCAGGCCUCUCCCGAGAGAUCGACGAGAGCACAGCAAAAAGAAUUUCAGACCUAUAUUUUGGACAGUGUGAUGGACCAUUUGCUUGCUGCUGAUGUUCUAUUGGGGGAGGACGCAUCUCUGCCUAUAACAAGUGGAGGAAGCUAUCAGGUGCUUGUAAACAAUGUGUUCUAUUUCACCCAGCGUGUGGUGGAUAAACUUUGGCAAGGCAUGUUCAACAAGGAAUCCAAGCUGCUUAUAGAGUUCAUAAUCCAGUUAAUUGCACAGUCAAAAAGAAGAUCUCAGGGAUUAUCACUGGAUGCCGUUUAUCACUGCCUGAACAGGACCAUCUUAUACCAAUUCUCGAGACCACACAAAACAGUUCCUCAGCAAGUGGCUCUCCUUGAUUCUCUAAGGACACUUACUGUCAAUCGAACUCUGAUCUUGGGUCCUGGGAAUCACGACCAAGAGUUCUUCAGCUGCCUGGCUCAUUGCUUGAUGAAUUUGCAUGCUGGGAGCAGCGUAGAUGGGUUUGGCCUGGAAGCAGAAGCCAGGAUGACUACUUGGCAUGUAAUGAUCCCUUCUGAUGUCGAGCCAGAUGGAGUCUACAAUCAAGAUGUUAGUGAAGGUCGCCAGCUUCUUUUAAAAGCUGUAAAUCGUGUGUGGACAGAACUGUUCUACAGCAAGAAACAGGCUUUGGAGGAGGUAUUCAAAGUAUCUCUCCCCGUCAAUGACAGGGGCCAUGUGGAUAUUGCCCUUGUAAAGCCCCUUGUGGAAGAAGCCAGUUUAAAAUGUUGGCAAAAUCACUUGGCUCAUGAAAAGAAAAGCAUCAGUAGAGGAGAAGCCUUGGCUCCGACUACCCAGUCCAAGCUCUCCCGGGUCAGCAGUGGAUUCGGUCUUUCCAAGCUAACAGGAUCGAGAAGAAACCGAAAAGAAAGCGGUCUUAACAAACAUAAUCUAUCCACGCAGGAGAUCUCUCAGUGGAUGUUUACUCACAUAGCAGUGGUUCGAGACUUGGUAGAUAUGCAGUAUAAAGAAUACCAAGAGCGUCAGCAGAAUGCGUUGAAGUAUGUGACAGAAGAGUGGUCUCAGAUUGAAUACGAGUUGUUACGGGAGAGAGGACUGUGGGGCCCUCCUAUUGGCUCUCACCUGGACAAGUGGAUGCUGGAGAUGACAGAAGGUCCCUGUCGAAUGAGGAAGAAGAUGGUGCGAAAUGACAUGUUUUAUAUUCAGUAUCCUUACAUGCCGGAUACUGAACAUGAGACAAAUAUGCUGUCUGACUUCUCAAGUAAGCCUCCUGAGACAUCUGACGAUACCAUUCCUCAAAAGGUAAAGAGAGAAAACUCUCCACGGGUGGCAAAACAGAUAGAAACCUCUCUGUGCAUGUUAGGCAACCUUAACAAGGCUUCUCUGGUUGGCUUUCAACGUGCUUCCUCAGUAACUCUGUCGUAGGGUUAAUGAUAUACUAAGAGGAUGUGGCUGUGUUCUCUUCAGUCUUCACCUAAUACAAUGUCUAUGUAGCUCUUUCUGUCUGUGUUGCACACUAACAAGCUGUGAUGGGCUGUGCUGUCACUAUUCUCACUGUAUAAACAUGUACCAGCUCGAAAUUAGAACUAAUGGACUGUGAUGUGUUUAGUGAUGGGCAGUUUGGACAUUCAUGCACUUAGCCUAAUCAGUAUUUCAGGGCUGGCAUAAUGUUUUUGCACUGUUAAGACAAUCUCACCUGUUCAGGGCACUGUGCUGGCAAAGCAGUUGACUCACCUUGACCCAUACCUGUAUUUGGGACCAUUAAUUGCUGCUUUCUGCCCCCUUGUUAACAUAAACAUUUUCUAUGUGCUUCUAAUGAGGAACAUGGGAUGUAUGUCCUGGAAUGCAUCCCUUUCUGUUCACGAACAACUAUACUGCAUUCCACUGAUAUUUAAUUCUCAAAAUACGUUGCGAAGAAAGCUCCAACAUUAUAUUGCCUUUGCAAAUAGUCCUAUCUAGGUCACACAAAAAUAGAGAUCAAAACAUUUUAAAAAAUUUGCUCAUCACUAAGUACAAUAUGCCUUCACUCAUUUUGAAUUACUUGUCAAACCAACAUUUUGGAAGGUGAUGCAUUAAUAUAUAUUUUGGCUCUUGGUGGACUUGCUAAAAACGUGUCUGUUCUCUAGGUGGCUUAUCUCUUAUGUCCAUAGGACUAGGUCAACAAAUCUUCAUCAUAUAAAUGAACUCUUCUUUAAAAAACCCUCAAGCAUAAUUGGAGAUUUUAGGGAGCAUCUAGAGAAGAACUUUGGCUGAAUUCUUAAUCUUUUCCAGUAGGCUUCAGAAUGAAGUGCAGUGCUUAUUACCUUCCUAACCUUUUACAGGGGGUUUGCGAUCUACAUGUUA